CGCCGUCGGAAAAUAUCAACCAAUCUCCUUCGCUGCCGGCGCUCAGCAUUUUGGCUGCCGCGACUGCGCGGGGAGGGAGCAUCGUUACGCGACUGCCCGCCAUGGCGUCUCCUCGCUGCGCCGCCGUCGCCCUCCUCCAUCCCGCCGGAGUCGCCGCCGGCGGCGGAGCUCGCCGGCGUGUCCUCCUCCUCGACCAAGAGCGGCCGUUGUGGGGGACUGAGGUGCGCCGGCGCCGGCGCCGGCGUUUCUCGAGCCUCGAGACGCCGCCGCGGUGCAGCAAGAUGUACGUACCCGGCUUCGGAGAGGGAUCGCCGGAGAAGAAGGCAGCAAGAAACCUGCAGCACUUCUUCAACUACAUUGCUGUCAGGGUUGUGCUCACACAGCUUGAGAGUUACAACCGGGAAGCAUAUGGUGAGCUGAUGGAUUUCGUGAACCGAAACUCCCUCAACGACGCUGAUACUUUCUGCAAGAAGUUGAUCCGCGAGUCUCCAAGGCACAAGCAGCUAGCAAUGAGGAUCUUGGAGGUCCGAUCUGCUUAUGUCAAGCAUGAUUUCGAGUGGGAUAAUCUGAAAAGGUUAUCUUUCAAGAUGGUUGAUGAGGCCAACACAAAGCUCAUGAGGGACUAUGUCUUGGAGACCAGCCACAUCGAAGACGAUAACUGAUGAAUUUUGCAGAGUCCCAUCAGGAGAUCUAUCCAUUCAUGACACUAAAUCAAUGCCCUUCCACGGAUACACAGCUACACGCGCGCAUAUCUGACAAUGUUCUGUCAAUCUUACAUAGUUUGCAUACAAGGUGUAUAUAAAUAACACAAGCUCAAGCCGAAGCUGAGGAAUCUACAAAGCUCUGUACUGAAAGUCUGAAGCAUGAUCCCUUAGAACACCACAAAGUGCAGACAGCUGCUACAGAUCUGAAAGAUGGCAUGUACAUGGAACAUGGUAUAUGUAGAUAGUCAAACAUAACUUCAAUAAAAACCCUGGAGAUAAUUCUGCGUGCAUGUGCAGAUGGUUGAAAACUUGAACAGUCCAUAAUAGUGCUGAUCAUUAGCCUUCAGUAAUAAUUUGCAUCA